CCAUUGUACCACAUAAAAGAAAAAACAACAACAAAUAGCUUUAUCCAAAACACACAAACAAGGAAAAUGGCGAUGGUAACAUCACCGUCACUGCAAAUCACAACCCCAUUCCCUCUUUCUUCUCCCAAAUCUCACCUCCGCAAGCUCUUCACCAUCCGAGCCACGGAACCUGAAACCCCACCCUCCGAAUCGGACCCAUCCCAACCCGAACCUGAACCUUCCGAGGACGACUUCGACAGCCGCAUCAACCAACUCCGCCUCCGUUACCGCAGCGGAACCGGGAAGAAAGCGGAGCUCCGAAAGAGCCGAAAGUCGAAGAAAGGCACCACGGAAUCGGGGUCGAGCGUGUACCUGCCGCCGGUGCCGCUGAAGGAGGCGGUUUCCGGCGGAUUGAAGGUGGAAUUGGGGUUCAGCCAAUACAGCGAACGGUUAAACGGUCGCAUUGCUAUUCUGGGUCUCACGGCGUUGUUGUUGGUGGAGCUUGCGACGGGGAAGAGCGUUAUCAACUAUCACACACCUGCUAUUAUUUUUAUUCAGAUUUAUUUUGUGGCUGCCGUUUCUACUAUCUUUGUCAAGUAUGAGAAGGAAAAAAUCAGUGUUUGGCCUCAACCCGAAUCUUCAAGUAACGAAUGAUAUAAUAAAGAUGAUGAUGAUGAUGAUGAUGAUGAUAAUACCAUUCUAUUUUAAUAGCUUUUGUGGAUGUAAUUGUAAUUAGUGAAUUGAAACAAAUGUUAUUUUUCUGAUUGCAGUAGAUUUUAAGUAAUAUUAUAUUCCUAUUGAGAAUGAGAGGAGCUGUGUGAAAGUGAAAUUCAAUUUGCUUUCUGUUGGAUCCUUUCAUUGGAUUGAAUAGAAGCAAACACAAUUGGUUUGGUUUAUGAAGUUUUUUUUUUUUCUUUCGAGUUAGUUUUGUUUUGAAUCAUAGAACUGUUUUUAGAUACAAACAUUUCGUAUGUAAUGCUUCUCUUCUGUGUGUGUGUGUUUCCCUAUACUAUAGAUUGAUUUAGGGACUCCAUUCAAAUGUGCUACCUAAUAAAAAGUAGAAAAGUUAUAAUCACUUCAU